UCUUGUGAUUGUGGCACAGCUAAGGUCAUCACCGAUAGAGAUACUGGGAGAUCGAGGGGUUUUGGAUUCGUGAACUUUACAGAUGGUGAAUCUGCAAAGGAAGCUAUGACAGCAAUGGAUGGACAGGAACUCAACGGGAGGAACAUCCGCGUCAGUCUUGCCCAAGAGAGAGCUCCUCGCAACGGUGGUUUUGGUUCUGGUGGUGGCGGAUAUGGUGGCGGCUAUGGUGGAUCUAGAGGAAACGACGGAUUCUAAUUGUUCUCGUCUUUGCUCAAUUGUCUAUACAGGCAUUGGCAAUUUUCGUAGGGUAGGAGAUACGAAUUAACACGAUUUUGUAUUGAAUGAUUUUUGUUUUGCUUUUCAUUAUAUGCUUCUAUAUCAAGUUUUUACAUAUGAUAUUUGACUG